GGUGUCUAUUUCAACAUGGCGAGCCUGUCCUUUGCUCUCCUGACCUUGCUGCCUCUGUGUUUUGGGGCACCUUAUGACCCAAAUGCAAUCAACCAGAAUUUCGGUAGUGGAGGGUUUGGAGGGAACGGUUUUGGAGGAAGCACAAACGCCCCAUUCGACCCUAACGCCAUUAAUCAUGGGUUCGGUGGUCAGGGCUUCGGCGGAGGUUUCAGCACGCCUGCAAACAACAUGGGUACGUUUGAUCCCAACGGAUUUUCUACUCCAUCCUUCGAUCCUAAUUCAAUUAAUGGAUUCGGCUCCGGAUCCGGCGGAUUUGAUCCGAAUGCGUUCGGAAGGAAAUAAAUUAUUAAACUAGA